AUGGAUGGAGCCCCUUGGCAGUGGGGUUUGCUCAGCGGAUUGUCUCUGUCCCCUUGCAGGAUCGCCUACCAGAGGAACGAUGACGAUGAGGAAGAGGCUGCCCGAGAAAGGCGCCGCCGAGCCCGGCAGGAAAGGCUGCGGCAGAAGCAGGAGGAAGAAGCCCUGGGACAGGUGACUGACCAGGUGGAGGUGAAUGCCCAGAACAGUGUGCCUGCUGAGGAGGCAAAGACAACCACCCCAAACACUCAGGGAGAAGGCGAUGAAGAAGCUGCCCUCCUGGAGCGCCUGGCGCGGCGGGAGGAAAGACGCCAGAAGCGCCUCCAAGAAGCUCUGGAGCGGCAGAAGGAGUUUGACCCAACCGUAACAGAGGCAGGUUUGUCACUACCAAGCAGAAGAACAGAAAACAACACGGCGGAGAGUGAGAAUGCGGAAAAAGAAGAGAAAAGUGAGAGUCGCCAAGAAAGAUACGAGGUAGAGGAAACAGAGAUCAUCACAAAGUCCUACCAGAAGAACGAGUGGAGGGAUGCCGAGGAGAAGAAGAGAGAAGAAAAGGAAAAGGAGGGAGAGGAAGACGAGAAGCCAAAGCAAGGAAGCAUUGAAGAAAACCAGGGAGAAGAAAAAGGGGCCAAAGUGCAAGUGAAAAGAGAAAAGUCCCAAGAAGACAAGCCUACCUUCAAAAAAGAAGAGAUCAAAGAUGAGAAGAUUAAAAAGGACAAAGAGCCCAAAGAAGUGAAGAGCAUCUUGGAUCGGAAGAAAGGAUUCACAGAAGUCAAGUCGCAGAAUGGAGAAUUCAUGACUCACAAACUUAAACACACUGAGAACACUUUCAGCCGCAGCGGAGGGAGGCCGAGCGCCGAGGCCAAGGAGGCGGAAACGGCUUCCCAGGUGGAGACGGGCAGGCGCCUGGAGGAGCUGCGGCGCCGGCGCGGGGAGACAGAGAGCGAGGAGUUCGAGAAGCUCAAGCAGAAGCAGCAGGAGGCGGCCCUGGAGCUGGAGGAGCUGAAGAAGAAGAGGGAGGAGCGGAGGAAGGUUCUGGAGGAGGAGGAGCAGAAGAAAAAGCAGGAGGAGGCCGAGCGCAAAGUCCGGGAGGAGGAAGAGAAGAGGAGGUUAAAGGAAGAGAUUGAAAGGCGGAGAGCAGAAGCUGCUGAGAAACGCCAGAAGAUGCCGGAAGACGGCUUAUCUGACGACAAGAAACCAUUUAAGUGUUUCACUCCCAAAGGUUCAUCUCUCAAGAUAGAAGAGCGAGCAGAAUUUUUGAAUAAGUCUGUGCAGAAAAGCAGUGGUGUCAAAUCAGCUCAUCAAGCUGCAGUCGUCUCCAAGAUUGACAGCCGACUGGAGCAAUAUACCAGUGCCAUUGAGGGAACAAAAUCUGCAAAGCCUACGAAGCCAGCCGCCUCGGAUCUCCCUGUCCCUGCUGAGGGCGUCCGUAAUAUCAAGAGCAUGUGGGAGAAGGGCGAUGUGUUCUCAUCACCCACUGCGUCAGGCACGCCAAAUAAGGAAACGGCCGGCUUGAAGGUGGGGGUUUCCAGUCGCAUCAAUGAGUGGCUAACCAAAACCCCAGAUGGGAACAAGUCGCCUGCUCCGAAACCUUCCGACUUGAGGCCAGGAGAUGUAUCUGGCAAGAGGAACCUCUGGGAAAAGCAGUCUGUGGAUAAGGUCACCUCUCCUACUAAGGUGUGAGACCAUUCAAGAAAGAACCCAAGAUGGCGCUCACGAUUUUGGACCAGCGUGGUUGAGGAGGGCUAAUCUGCUCUGUUUGAUAUUUAUGUUGAUUUACUAAGUUGGCUUCAUUCCUUUUGUCAUAUUUUUCAUUAUCCCAGUAAACCCAUGAAUAUUAUUACUAUAUUUAAUAAUCACAGUCUAGAGAAGUUCAUGGUCAAAGUACUGCUUUUGCACAGGAACCUCUUUCUGAAGAAAACCAUGCUGUGAAAUCAAGACGUUUCUACUGAUCAUCCCAACGCUGGGUCCGAACAGUGACACCAACCACAUUGGAAGUCGACAGACGAAGAUUCACCCUGAAAAUUGCUGGAGGAACGUGUGCAGUAUCUACAGGAAAAAGAACCAUAGUUUUUUUGUUUUUCAAUACAGAAGUCGUGUUGUUUCUGCACUUUAGAAGAAAGCAUGGAAGAAAUUAUCUUCAUAGGAAUUGUAACACCUUUUGAGAAUAACUCAUUUCAGACUUGAGAUACUGCAAUAAUGAUUGUCU